UUCUUGACUUGCCAUCAUGCACCCGACCGAGUACAUGAUGCCACUACCGCCAUUGCAUGCCUUCCAGCGCCACCACGACACGCCGCUCUCGACGUCGCUGCCACCCAUCAAGCUCGCGCCGUCGUACGAGCCGACGCGGCCGAUGAGCAACUUUAGCAUCGAAGUCAUCACGGGCAUGUCGUCGCCGCCAGCGUGCAAGAAGCGCAAGAUGGGCAUGUACGACAUCAUGGACGCCGAGCCGGCGCACGCCAAGCAUCCGUCGCCGCCGUCUUCACUCACGAUCUUUCCGUCGCAGCGCCGGGGCAGCAGCCGCCGCCGCCCAGCGACCAUUGCGCGGCUCAAGAGCGGCAAGGACAUCUGCGUGGUCGCACACGACGGCGUCAUUGACUGGCUCGACACGUACUUCAUGUAUGGCUUUGACGCCAACUCGAUCUUUGGGUCGCUUUGCCCCGUCGAGAAGGGCGAGUGGGUCCAAGAAGAGCUCGACUACCUCCGCCAGCUGCUGCAUUUGAUCAAGGCCGGCAAGAUGCGCGUGCCGUUUGGCAAGUCGCUCGACACGUACCUCAGCGACCGCCUCCACUCGGACCUCACGCGCAUGCGCAAGCAGCUGCAGAUGAUGCAGGUGCACACCGACGUGCCGCGUCUCGCGCAUUUGCAUCCGAUGACGGACGACGAGACGAGCGCGCUUAAGGACGUCAAGAUGCGCUUCUUGCUCCACCACCAGGCCAGCGUCGUCGAUCAAAUGCAGAACCAGGCGCUCGACCAGUCAUGGGUCCUCUCACUCAAGCAGUGAGGUGUGUAGUAGACAGAUAGGAUAGUAGGUAGUCUCGGUGUUGUCAACGGAGAGGCGCCCGG